AGACAUCAAGCUUGGCUUGGCUCCAGGCUAAUUCUACAACAACACACCGCUGCUAACGCGCACGCUGUCAUUUCCUACCGACCUGAUCGGGAUUCCCAGACAUCGUAGCCAGACGCGGAGCAACUUAGCUUCGUGAGAACAAGGCUGCUUUCUGAUGAGUAACAGCCAGAAAGUAGGCUAGCGAGGGCUGCUGGGCUAACAGGAAGAGCCGAAAGUCUUGUUUUCGGCUGACCAGCUUCCCACAUCCAGCUAUGUGAGCUGCUCUGAUGUGCGUCUCUUCAGUGCCUGGCUGAUCUCCAGCUGCUCCCGAGGAAUUCUACGUAAACACCGACUUGCCCUGCUGCUGAGUCAGCACCCCCCCCCCCCCCCCCCCCCGCCCCCCCCAGGUUUAUGGUGGUCUGGGUUGUGGGGGUGACUUCCUAGGGCGGCGUCCACUAUGCCUCUGGGACUGGGAAGGAGGAAGAAGGCGUCCCCCCUGGUGGAGAAUGAGGAAGCGGAGCCCAUCCGUGGGGGUCUCAACGUGGAGGGCUUGGACGGGGGGGUCGCCGGGGAGGCGGCGGGCUCCGACGGCCUCCCCCCCCCACCGAACAGCAUGAGACCCCGGCUCAUCUUCCACACCCAGCUGGCUCACGGCAGCCCCACGGGCCGCAUCGAGGGCUUCAGCAACGUGCGAGAGCUGUACGCCAAGAUCGGAGAGGCCUUCGGCAUCCCGGCGUCUGAGGUUAUGUUUUGCACGCUGAACACUCACAAGGUGGACAUGGAUAAACUCUUAGGGGGGCAAAUCGGGCUGGAGGACUUCAUAUUUGCCCACAUUAAAGGCCAGAAGAAGGAAAUAGAAAUCUUCAAGGGAGAGGAUGCGCUGGGGUUGACAAUCACUGAUAACGGAGCGGGUUACGCUUUCAUCAAGAGGAUCCGAGAGGGAAGCAUCAUCCACCAGAUCCAGGUCAUCAACGUGGGCGACAUGAUCGAGUCCAUCAACGGCCACCGCCUCAUCGGCUGCCGACACUACGAAGUUGCCAAAAUGCUGAAGGAGCUUCCUAAGGGCAAAAUGUUCACCAUCAAGCUUGUGGAGCCCCUCAAAGCUUUUGAUAUGAUCGGCCAGAGGUCCUCAGGCCGGUCGGCAUCGGGGGUCCAGCUCGGGACGGGUAGAGGGACCCUCCGUCUGCGCUCUAAAGGUCCCGCCACAGUGGAGGAGCUGCCUUCCGCGUUCGAGGAAAAGGCGAUCGAGAAGGUGGACGACCUGCUGGAGAGCUACAUGGGCAUCAGGGACAGCGAACUGGCGGCCACCAUGGUGGAGCUGGGCAAAGACAAGAAGAACCCAGACGAGUUCGCCGAAGCUCUAGACGAAACCCUGGGAGACUUCGCCUUCCCCGACGAGUUUGUCUUCGACGUCUGGGGCGCCAUCGGGGACGCGAAGGUCGGACGCGUGUGACCGAUGGGAGCGGAACGGCGCGCGUCAACGCCCGCAACACUACUAGAAAACACCAUCAUGAGUUUAUUUUUAGUCCAGCGUGCAACACUCCUUCUGUUUUUUUGUGCAUUUCCACCCUUUGGGGAGCCGGAGCGGAAAGUGACUGCAGCGACUUCCUAAAGUGCUUUAAUUUGUCUUCCAGCAAUUUUUUUUUUUUUUUGGUUGUUGCCAGAAACGACGUGGUUGAGCACAUCUCGUGACGUCCCCCCCUCCCCGCAUGUUGAUGUCGUAGUAGCCGGCAGCGCGGAGCGAGCACCGGCUGCGCUUUCUGAUACGGGAGAAAAAAAUAAUCUUUUUAAUAUUAAAAACUGCAAAAACCAGCCGGUAGAGGCGAAGCCGCAGCUGCACGUCGCCCCACCUUCUCAGAUGUUGCGCAACACUGAACCAGAGUGCUGCUGUGAACUGCUCCUCCACGCUACUGUGACGGGACGUUUCUACAAGCAUGUGCUGUUACACUAUUUUGUUGUUGUUGUACAUUUCUUCAUAACAUCUGGUGUUUUAUUUUUUUUUCCUUGUUUUUUUUCUGUUUAAAAGUAAAAUCUCUGGUUACAAGGAGGCGAUAGUAAACCGUAGCUUUACACUAAAAAGAUUCGUGGCUAGACGGGAGAAGGAGGCCGUCUAUUGCAGACUCUACAGUGUUGAGAGAAAAUCAGUGUUAACUUCCUGUCACUCAAGGUCAAGCAGCAGGUCGCUUUGUGGACCGUGUCGACUUAUUUUUUUAUAGCUAGUGUUUUUAUAUGAGGUGAUGUGAUGUGUGUUUAAAAAAAAAAAAUUGUAUGGAAAAAAGAUGAGCGUUUUCACCAUGUUGUGCGUCUUUGUUGCUCAGAGAGGGGUAUCAAAGAAACGCUAAUGGUUUGGGAGCAGCUGUGCAUAAAACUACCUGCAUUUCAAGGUUUGUUUGUUUAGUUUUUUUUUUUUUUGUCGUUUUUUUUUUUUUUUUUUUUUUUUUUUUUUUAGAUAUUUUGUUAACAUUCAGAUGCAUGGUGUUAAAGAACCUGACUGAGAUGUGACUUCCGUCGUGCUAAACGCCUAAUUUAAAAGAAGAAAAAAGGAAAAACCCUUUUUGAUGUGCUAACAUUUUCUGAUCCAACUGUGAUGAAGCUAUCAUGUAGUUUUGUUUAACUCCUCAGUUGAUGAUGAAUCUAUAAUGGGGUCAUGUAAUUAACUCGUGCUUGGACACUAAGAAUUAUUUUGGAUGGCUUUGUGUUGCACUGUCCCAAGUUCAAAUAUAAUGCAAUAACACCCAC